UUGGGAAUCAACUUAUCAACAGGUAGGAGUCAGAGGUUGAGAAAGAGCUUUGUUGAUUCCGACGAAAAAUCCGUUACCAUCUUCACUGCUGUCACACAAAUUCAUCGAAACAUUCACAACACCAAACCCUCCCCAUUCAUAUCCCCUCUUUCUAUCUCUCACAAAUUGGAUGAGCUGCAGAAGCAACACACAUGGCUUCUCUCUACCUCUACGCUCCAUUGACAUCGUCUCCCCACGCUUCACACCUCAAUUUCUCCGCCAAACCUCUCCUCAUUUCCAGCAGCAGCGCACACCAAAAACGCCUCUUCGCUUCCUCCUGGAGAACCAAGCUCAUCGCCGCUUCUUCCUCUGCGAACAAUGCCUCCACAGAUUCCGCCACUCCUAGCGACAGCGGUGCAAGCAAUUUCUGCAUCAUAGAAGGGCCGGAGACUGUUCAGGAUUUUGUUCAGAUGCAGCUGCAGGAGAUCCAAGACAACGUUCAAAGCCGGCGCAAUAAAAUUUUUCUUCUUAUGGAAGAACUAAGGAGGCUGAGAGUGCAGCAACGCAUUAAAAGCAUGAAAUUUGAGUCCGAUGAUGAUAGUGAGCUGCCGGAAAUACAAUCAUCGAUUCCUUUUCUUUCUCAUGUGAACCCAAGGACGCUGAAUCAUCUGUAUUCGACAAGCUUUUCGCUCAUAUCUGGAAUUAUAGUCUUUGGGGGUCUCAUUGCACCAACUCUUGAGCUAAAAUUGGGUUUAGGAGGAACUUCAUAUGCGGAGUUCAUAAGCAAAAUGCAUUUGCCAAUGCAAUUGAGUCAGGUAGAUCCUAUUGUCGCCUCGUUCUCAGGUGGAGCGGUGGGGGUUAUUUCAGCAUUGAUGCUGCUAGAAAUUAACAACGUCGAGCAGCAAGAGAAGAAAAGAUGCAAAUACUGUCAUGGAACUGGGUACUUGGCAUGUGCCAGCUGUUCAGCAAGCGGUUUGUGUGUGUCUGCUGAACCCCUUAUAACAAGCGCUACUGAUCGCCCGUUGAAUGCACCAACUACUGGAAGGUGUCAAAAUUGCUCAGGGUCUGGAAAGGUGAUGUGCCCCACCUGCCUUUGCACCGGGAUGAUAAUGGCUAGUGAGCACGACCCUCGUUUUGCACCGUUUGACUAAAGAGCAAGCACAGUUUUGGCCUUUGCUUCGGGCCAAUUCUACUACUACCUCACUGGAAGUGGUGUUGUUUGAAAUGAUAUCAAUCUAAUCCCAUGAUUAAUGUAUCACUGAAGUAGUGAGUUUUUGUUGCUUGCUAAAACAGUCAUGUAAUGAGUCCAAACAUUAUCAUAUUAGGGACAACUACAAUGAAGAAAUGUGGCUAGGUUUGCAAUGUGGGGUCGUUCCAUCUCUUGAUUUUA